AGGAUCCAAAACAUUCGGAGGAGGAGACGAGGACGGCCGGCACAGCACAGGUUUUGAAGGCAGUUAAUAGCGAGGUCUUUUCUGAAAACCUAAACUAAAAGCGUGCUAAGGAAACUAAAAUAUCAAAGCAAAUCCCUCUACCUCUGCAUCCAGUGCUUCUCCAGUGUGUGUGCUAUCGGGGUGAUGUCAGCAGCCUUUCUCGGGCGCCUGGCAAGGUGCAGUGGUGCCCAUGUGGGACGCAGUGGUCUUUUACAGAUGGCCCUAGUCCCACUCUCAUUCCAGCAGAUCAGCCACCCCCAGUUCACCAUCUUCCAGAGACAACUUUACAGCCCUUCGGGAAAACUGCACAGCAACACACGCUUUGAUGCGGACAGCAGCGGCUGCCCCACUACCUGGGAUUCAUUCGGCAUCUGGGACGAUCGUAUUGAUGAGCCCAUUCUGCUGCCUUCCAGUAUUCGCUACGGCAAGCCCAUUCCCAAAGUCAGCCUAUCCAGGGUAGGCUGUUCCUCACUCAUCGCUCAACGCAAGGAGAAUGAAGACCGCUUCCAGGUCUCCCAAAUGACCGACAACAUCCUUUACUUUGCUGUGUUUGAUGGGCACGGCGGGCCAGAAGCAGCGGACUUUUGUGAAAAAUACAUGGAAAAAUUCAUCAAGGACCUUGUGGAGGAGGAGUCCAACCUGGAAGCAGUUUUAACGAAGGCCUUCCUUGAAAUAGACAAAGCUCUUGCAAGGCACUUGCACUUCUGUCCAAAGGUACCCGGCAUGAAUACAGGAAGCACCUCCACUGUGGCGCUGCUGAGGGACGGCAUCGAGCUGGUGGUGGGCAGCGUGGGCGAUAGCCGUGCCAUGCUGUGCCGCAAGGGAAAGGCCCUUAAACUCACUGCCGACCACACUCCUGAGAGGAAGGAUGAGAAAGAGAGGGUGAAGAGAAGUGGAGGUUUUAUCACCUGGAACAGUCUGGGGCAGCCAAACGUCAACGGCAGGUUGGCGAUGACGCGCAGCAUCGGAGACUUCGACCUGAAGAGCACGGGAGUCAUAGCCGAGCCUGAAACCAAGAGAAUAUCGUUGCACCAUGCCCAUGACGCGUUCCUGGCGCUGACCACAGACGGCAUUAACUUCAUCAUGAACAGUCAGGAGAUCUGCAACGUAAUCAACCAGUGCCACGACCCCAAGGAGGCUGCUCAGAGAAUAUCUGACCAGUCUCUUCAGUACGGCGCAGAGGACAACAGCACAAUCAUCGUAGUGCCCUUUGGUGCUUGGGGAAAGCACAAGAGCUCGGACAUGAGUUUCUCCUUCAGCAGAAGUGUCGUGUCCAGCGGCCGCUGGGCGUAGUCAUCAGCACGGCGGGGGACGUAAAUGUUGUGGUUUGUGACCGAAUUAAUUUGUGCAAUACAAUCGGGGGGGGGGGGAACAGUGCCCUUGUGGAAACAUUAAAAAAAGAGUGUGGUUUGCCCGAACAGCAAUACCUAAAGGUUACAACAUGUUAUUUAGAGCAUCGUGAUGUGUGUUAGCCUCCAUGUAGUAGCAGGCAGUGGAUUCAUGAUGUGCACUAAAUUAAAAAAUAUCCUCUCUUUAUAAAUUAUUUUAUCUACUAGCAAGCCAAUGACCGUAUAAGUGCUACAAGCUGUGAGGUGUUUGAAUGGAAGACAGGUUGGGCUGCUCCGAAUAGUUCGACGCUUUUAAAGCUUCAUUCAUGAUAUUGACUAUAUGAGAUUUAAAUUCUAAAUCAACAAUCAAAUGCUGCACAGUUUUAUAUUGGUUUUAAUGGAAGGUGUCCCGGGUAGAGGUAGAUGAAGUUAUUAAUAACAAACGGGAACAUUGUGUGUUGUAGUCCACAAUCAACCUUCUCUAACACACACACACACACACACACUGUGAACGCCGUGGCACUCGGCCCUUAGUCUGCACCUACAUGUAUUCAUGGUGAAGAAACUUACAAGAGAAGUUCAUGAAGACAUCACUACCCUGCUCUACUUUUCAUAAUGUUUUAAGACCGUUAUCUAUUUAGCUGUAUUGCCCAAGUUUUACUUUCAUGGUUAAUUAACGUUGAUACGUUGCAUCUAGAUUUGACCGUCGUUUGACGCCUGCAGUCUCUGGAUUUCUCAGUCUUGAGGGUGAGACAUGUAGUCUCAUCCUCUCAUAGUACAGUAAUUGAUCAUUUCUCAACUGAUUGGAAUUAAUUGAACCCUUGUAUGAGAAUUCAAAAUCUACUUAAAGGAACAGUGUGUAGCAUUUUAAGGGGAUCUAUUGGCAGAAAUGGGUUACGAUAUUAAUAAGCGUGUUUUAUAUAUAAACACCUGAACCUAAGCAUUGUUGUGAAACCAAAUCAAACGCUGGCUCCACAUAGCGCCAUUUGUGUUUGGCAAACCAGACUGCUAGACGAGCUAAAUCCUCCACACUGCACCUUUUUUAAAUGUACAUUAAAAAAACGUCACGACUUCAGAAACAACUAAGCAACAUGACCAACAUAUGUCGGAUCAAGGUUUUCAUCACUGAGUGUUAAUUCAGUUUCCUGACCGUCAUUUUGGGUCAAAGCAUCCAAGUAUUCUCUUCAUGACACAUCUCCUCUUCUAAAGACUUCCACAUAAACAAUGCACUUAUUGUUUUCCAGGUACUUAUACUUACUGAGGCGCCAAAAGCAAUGUUGACGUCUUGAUGGUUUGGGAGAAAUCAACCGUGAAUGUUCUGUGAAUUAGUGUGAAUGAAGUUGCUUCAAUGCUAUUUAAAUUCAAAAAAGCGUUUGAGUGGCUGCUACAAGAUAUUCAUGUUUGUUGCUGUAUGAGCUUGUAUGAGUGUUAAUAUCUGUACUGGUUUGAAACAGGUGUUGGAGGAAGUGUUCAGAGUAAAGAAAUGUACAGUAUAUGUUUUGUAAAUAAUUCUAUUUAUGUACAUCUGGAAAACUGAUAGUUCUCGUUAAGUAACAACUCCUCUCAUAUCAGAAAAUGUCACAAACACAGGACUUUACUUGGGUGUUUAUACUGUGUAAAGCUACACCAUUUAGAUUGUAACUUGUUUACAAUCGGUAAGUCCUCAUUUACACCAUUAAUGUGUCACUCAGAAAGAUCAAAGCACAUUUAAUGCAACACUAAAGAAUUGUUCAGCUAGGAGCCAUGUUUGACGAUGUGAAUGUUUGCUUAAAUGCGCUCCAUGACUAAGAAAUAUCAAUCAACCCCCUGCUGGGUGUAGAAGUCGUUAAGCUGUAUCAGUAGUGUUAGCGGACCUCGUGAUCGUGGAUGCAGACUUAAACCAUCAACUGUGAUCGACUGGACUGUUGUUUUUGUUUUGUGGUUUAUGAAGCUAGAGAAAUGCAACACUUCAUAUUUAUCAUCCUUGUUCUAUCUGUGAGAUGUUCUGUAGCGAUCAGUUUUCUUUCCUCAAACACCAUUUAUAGACGUUUUUGUAAAUACUGUUUUUUUUUUUUUGUUUUUUUUGUUUUGUUUUUUUUUUGUUUUUUUUUCCACUCAUUCACAUAUUGAAUGAAACCUUGAAAUAUUAUAAGGACUUAUAAUUAACACGUUCUCCUUACAAACCAUCUUUAAGGUGAUCUAUCACAGUGCGCUCAGUUUAUAUUUCCUGUAUUUAGCGUCACUGCCUUCUAAUUACAAUCAUUGUAACUGUGGACCUGUAUCUGGGACCUAAAUGUGACUGUUUCAACAACACUCUGUCAGUACUGUAUUCCUGGUCUGAAUGGCUUGUGUCCCUUCAAUUAAAAACUUAACAUAAAAAA